CUCACCACCGCCGGCGAGCCACUCAACCCUACUUCCGACGAUCUUCUCACCCACCGUUGGUGAGCUACAGUUUUACCUCCUCCAUAACAAAAUCAUUAUUUAUUCAAAUCUCCUCAGAGCUAAGAACUACUGUAAUCAAAGUAAAAUCUCUCUCUUCUGGUUCAUUCAGAUUUGCCUCACCACCGGCCAUAACGACUAGCGACCGUCGCCGGCGAGCUUCUCAGCUGUCUUCUCCAUAUUGAACGACUGCGAGGGAGGGAGGGAGAAGUGCAACCACAUCUAAACUACGACUUCAUCUUCAUCUGACUCCGAUGGCCUUUUCAGUUCAUCUAACACUUCAAAAAAAUCAUCUGUUAACGCUGAAUCCGAUAACCCAAGUUUGUCGUCUUCCUCUUCCUCCAGCGGAUCUUACAUUUCCUCCUUGCCUUCAAAGUCUGUACUUUGGGGCACUGUCUCUUCUUCUUCCACACCAAAGGUCGCUGGAGUACUGGCCUGCAUCAGAGCUUUGUCUAUUUAGCCGCCGCCGGUCACGGGCUUCUGGCGGGGGAAACGGUUGACAGCUUCGAUGAGGAGUAGGGAGGCAUUAAGGAAGGGCAUUUUGGUAUUUUUAUCUGAAAAUUACAUACCAAACACACUUUUAAAUCCUAUUUCCAUAUCCAUCUCCCGGGUACCGAACGGGCCCAGCUGAUGUCACCGAAAAAAAAGAAACAGAAAAUUUUCUAGUUCGGUUCGGUCCCUGCACUUGCCAUUCCCAGCUCUCUUUCCCUGUCGCUACCAUCCUGGAUCACGACGGGGUCGUCUGUUUCGACAUCCUUUUCUUCUCUCAGGUCAUGCGAUUUUGCAGUUGCAAGAAAAUUUUUCCCCAUUGCUUCACAUCCGCUUCUCUUGGAUGCUAUACUCUUUUGAAUUUCCUGGAGUGGCUCCAGUGUAAAGAUUCAUCUUAAAGAGGCCCAUUGGUGAUGUUAUCCUGAUAAGGACCCCUGGCCCCCAUAAAGUAAAGAAGUUAUCUGUAGUUGUACUGACAGCAAUAUACCUUUUGGUCUGAGUCUCUAGGACCAUAAUUUCAUAUUGCUGUCACGUAGAGGAAGAAAUGGGAAAAAUAGCUCUUGCAGUGAUUGUGAGCUUGUGGGUUAUUCCUAUCUUCAUACUUGUCAAUCGCACUGUUCCGGAGCCAUAUAUGGAUGAGAUAUUUCAUAUACCACAGGCUCAGAAAUAUUGCAAGGGAGAUUUUAGAAGUUGGGAUCCUAUGAUUACUACGCCUCCUGGCCUGUACUGUCUUUCACUUGCCCAUGUUGCUUCUUUGUUUCCAGGCUUUUACUCUGUGCAAGCAGCUUCAUCAUUUGCCGAUUUGUGCUCUGCUGCAAUUCUUCGAUCAUUCAACUGUGUUCUAGCAGUCAUAUGCAGCAUAAUUAUGUACGACAUAAAUACUCACUUGAAGCCAACACUUGAUGAUAAAAAGGCGACGCUUCAAGCAGUGAUUCUAUCCUUGUAUCCCCUCCACUGGUUCUUCACUUUUCUCUAUUAUACAGAUGUUGCAUCUGUAACUGCAGUGCUUGCAAUGUAUCUAGCAUGUUUGAAAAAGAAUUACUGGCUUAGUGCAUUGAGUGGAGCCUUUUCAGUUUUUAUUCGACAAACAAAUAUUGUAUGGGUGCUUUUUGUCGCAUGUACUCAGAUAAUAGACAUUGCCAUAACCCAUGGAAAAAAGAAUGCAAUAAGAGCAGGGUCAGAUAUGUCUAUCAACAAACCCGGUUGGGCAUGUGAUAACAAUACUAGUUCAGCGGGUUUAAAUCUGAGAAAGCGAAGGGUUGUUAAAGUAAUGGACACUGUCAAGAAUCCUUUGGUCAAUGCACACGCAUCUUCUCCAUACUCUUCAGGCUUGCUUGAGGAUAUAUGGGCAAUCCUUUUGACGUUGUGGCACAUGAAGUGGGAACUUUUGUUCUCGUUUAGUCCCUUCGUGAUGGUAUUGGUUGCCUUUGUUUUGUUUGUCCUAUGGAAUGGGAGUAUUGUUCUGGGUGCAAAAGAAGCUCAUGCAGUUACCCCGCAUUUUGCUCAGAUACUUUAUUUCAGUCUGGUUUCCGUAAUGGCUCUGGCUCCUAUGCAUUUCACUGUCCCCCAUGCUGUAGACCUAUUCAAGCACUUUAGGAAAAAUAUGACCUUUGGUUUCUUUCUGGGGUUCAUGGCCCUGACCGCUGGCUUUGUCUCUGUACACUUUUUCAGUGUUGCUCAUCCAUACCUUCUCGCUGACAAUCGGCACUACCCUUUCUAUCUAUGGAGGAAGAUCAUCAUGGCUCACUGGUCAAUUAAAUACCUCCUGGUCCCACUCUAUAUCUGGUCAUGGUUUUCCAUUAUUCAUGCCUUGGGGAAAUUUCGAAAUAAAAUAUGGGUAUUCGCGUACUUUAUGGCUACUGCUGCGGUUCUUGUACCAGCUCCUCUGAUAGAGUUCAGAUACUACACCAUACCCUUCUUCUUCUUGGUCCUUCACAGUAAUAGUAACGAAAGUGGACGUUGGUAUCUCACAGGGAUACUUUAUAUUUGUGUAAAUGUUUUCACAAUGAUGAUGUUUUUGUUCAGGCCAUUCAGUUGGGAUCAUGAGCCUGGAGUCCAAAGGUUUAUAUGGUGACUUAAUUUGCGAGAAAAGAGAGAAAAGAAAAAGGGGGGGGGGGGUUCUCAUGUGCUCAAGGCAUUUUAUUUGAUUGAAAAACCAGUUAGUUUGUUUUACUGACUUGUCUUUUCAAGUUCUCUUACAGUCAUGUAAAUCUUGAUUAACCAGGAAUGACUGACCGACCUGAAGCCCCGUGACAUUUUCUCUUUGAAGCUUUUCAUUUUUGCAGUUAGUUUUACCUUUGGUUUGGGAUCCAAGUCUGGUGGACCCCAUAUUUACAACCACUCACUGAUGAUCAACCAUUAUGUAUGAAGGCAAUUGAUCUUACCCUAAUAAUACUACCAUUUCCAGCA